UCAGAGGCCGCGGCUACCCGCAUUCGGCUCAGUGUUUUACUUUCACGGUACCGUUACUGAGCUUUAAACGCCCUGGAUCGCUGAUUCCGGAUGGGGACGCAGCCGAGACGGCUAUAUCGGACCCCACCCACCACAGUCCGCACUCGAGCGAACAGCCUUGAAGUCACUGCAGUGCACACGCAGGUAGAAAUGUUGUGCUGCAAGCGUCCUGCCCUCUCGGGUCGAGAGUGCGGACUUGCGUCACCCAAGCAAGAUGAAAUAGCGAGGGAGUAAAGAGAGAACGAAGCUGCUGUGACAGCUUGGCGUCGCUGUGCCGCUUGCUGCAGACUUACCCCUAGGCUGCGCACGGUGAGCGGACGUGAGUCGGCCCCAAAAGGGCCGGGCCGCAGCGAGUACGGGAGUGUCGCGCGGAUAGCGGUUACUAAGGCGACCGCCGCUCCCUUGGACUGCAAGGUGCAGGCGCUUUACUGCGUGGCGUGUGCCCGGGAGAGCGGAGCUGCUCAUCGACUUGUCGCAUCUGACAGCAAACAUGACAGAGCUGAGGCAGAGAAGAGGCGAUGGAGGAGACGCAGGAUAUCGAGACAACGACAACAUUAGCGACAAGGAGACAGACGGAGAAGACAAAACUGAAAUUGGAGGAGAAGCAGACCGCGAUUCUAAACAGGACACAGAUACUCCUGAGGUACAACCAUCUGUUGACAAUACUCCAGAAUGUCUCAACAAGGCUCUGUCUGGACUUUCAUCAAGAUGGAAGAACUGGUGGAUUCGUGGAAUUUUAACAUUAACAAUGAUCUCUGGCUUCUUCUUAACCAUCUAUAUGGGACCACUGGUACUCAUGUUUCUGGUUCUUGGUAUUCAAAUCAAGUGCUUCCAUGAAAUUAUAACAAUUGGAUAUCGGGUUUAUCAUUCAUAUGACCUUCCCUGGUUCAGAACAUUAAGCUGGUACUUCCUGCUGUGUGUAAAUUACUUUUUCUAUGGAGAGACAGUGGCUGAUUACUUUGUCACCUUUGUCCAAAGAGAAGAGCCCCUUCAGUUUCUUGUCCGUUACCAUCGAUUUAUUUCUUUUGCUCUCUAUUUGACAGGUUUCUGCAUGUUUGUAUUGAGCUUAGUGAAGAAACAUUAUCGCCUGCAGUUUUAUAUGUUUGCUUGGACCCAUGUGACCUUAUUGAUUGUGGUUACUCAGUCCCAUCUUGUCAUUCAGAAUCUGUUUGAAGGAAUGAUCUGGUUCAUCGUUCCAAUAUCCAUUGUCAUCUGCAAUGAUAUCAUGGCUUACUUAUUUGGAUUCUUCUUUGGAAGGACACCGUUGAUUAAAUUGUCUCCCAAGAAGACCUGGGAAGGUUUCAUAGGAGGAUUUUUCUCAACUGUCGUUUUUGGGUUCUUAUUUGCAUAUCUCCUGGCUCAGUACACAUAUUUUGUUUGCCCAGUGGAAUACAGUGAGUCAAAUAGCUUUGCAGUUUCCUGUGAACCUUCUGAACUGUUUGUGUUGCAAGAGUAUACACUCCCAUCGCCACUAAGGACUCUCUUGAGAUGGAAAACAGUGAAGCUGUACCCAUUUCAGAUCCACAGCAUUGCUCUUUCAACAUUUGCCUCACUUAUAGGUCCUUUUGGUGGCUUUUUUGCCAGUGGAUUCAAAAGAGCUUUCAAAAUUAAAGAUUUUGCAGAUACGAUUCCGGGUCAUGGUGGCAUCAUGGAUCGAUUUGACUGCCAGUACUUGAUGGCAACAUUUGUUCACGUAUACAUCACUAGCUUUAUCAGGGGCCCCAACCCAAGUAAAGUGUUGCAGCAGCUGAUGGUUCUGCAGCCCGAGCAGCAGUUAAGCAUUUUCAACACCCUGAAAUCCCAUCUCACGGAGAGAGGGAUGAUCCCCCCUGUUGAAGCUGUACAGUAAGGCGCGCUGUAUGACCACGGAGUCUUGAUCAGGGCACGGGACCAGCGGCACCCCAAGACUGCCGUCCUCCGUCUUCACCCCAUUGCACAACAGGUGUAAAUACACUCCUGGCGAGCAGAGCCGUAGGAGCCGAUGGUAGCCUUACUUUGUACCUAGCGGUCCGCUCUAAACUUUGUAGUGGGAGACACCAUCUCGAAGUUUGUUGCCAAAUAUUAAUGAAGGGCGAGUCCGGGGUUUGGUUUAAUGUGCUUGGACUCGUUGACGAGCAGUGCAAUAUUUCCUUAAAGUAGGGAAAAUUGAUGUUUAGUUUUGGAAUUCAUACUAUACAUUUCACGAUAACUAAUCAAUGUUAAAAUGUGAAUAUAAAACGUCUGUGUAUUUAACAUAGGCAUCUUUUUUCUUUUUGUAAUUAGCAGGGGACGUUUGGGGCGCUGCGUUUUCUGGUGCUUUUAUGCAUUCCUGUGAUUUUCUCUGCCUGCUUCUGCAUAAAAAUAAUGUGUUAUGAACUCCAAAUGCUAGCGGCAAUCACAUGAAGUCUUUUCUAGCCGGUAUGUCAACAAAUGCAUAUAUAUAUAUAUAUAUACACACACACAUAUAUAUAUGAGGUAUGAAAUUAUAUAAAUAAUUUAACUAUUCUAAAUGUAGUCAGAACUUUAAAUAAGGGAACACUACUGCGCUAAGGCACGCUGAACAGAAACGGCAGAGUGGAGGAGACUGCACAUUCACCUACGACACUCUAACGUUAAUCAAUCUGCCAUUUUUAAAUGCACAGUUAUAUGACCAAUUUUAAGUUGAGUGGGCAAGGAGUGAAGAAAACAUCAAUGGCUGUACCCACGUGAAACUGUCAAGAAGGCAAACUGUUUUAAGUCAUUUUUAACAUUGUAAAGGCGGUCUAGAGAAUGACCAAUGAAAGGGAAUCGAAAAUGUCGAGUUUGCUAUGCGUUUUGGAAGUUGGUGACACACGACGACUUGCGUGUGAAAAACUUCACUCCAUUAAAACCAAUGUCACAGGAAUGCCAGAGGAGCAGAGGUUAGUAAUCCUUUAGUCCACCCACUUCAAUGUCCUGUAGACAGAGUGCUCUGGAAAAACUCCCAUCAAGCCUUGCGUCACGUCCACCAAGCCUCAUCUGUCUGAGGAAUGCCCAAGAAGUAGAGAUCUUACCUGACCUCACAAGAGGGUUGUGUUCAGAUGGUCUUCACAGAGUUCAUCACAUCCCUGACCAGUUUGCCCGGCUACCACAUCAAAAAAAGCAGAGCAGUGCCAUUAAUUGCCUGCCCACCAUCUGUCAACAUUACGUUACCCAAUCCUGCCCAGCCAUUGAGAGGGCCCACAUGUUCGCACCCCGCUAUAACAAAUUAACGUCAUGUUUCUUGUCUCGCAGGAAACUCCUGUGGUGUGAUUCAGGGUGCAAAGUCCACAUCGAGAGUGAGCAGGCCGUGCGCCAUUUCCAAGUGUUUGGUGGGUUAGACCGUUCUGUGCUGCGGGUCAAACACGUGAAUCUGAACCGGUCUUACAGUUGAAAUGAACUGCUGAUGAUUCCGUUUGACCGAGUAGCUGGACAUUCCCAUGACCAAAGUUAAAAGACACAAACUAAUGUUAAAUGUUGAUUUUAAAAUGAGUUUAAUUCCAUUGUGCCUAAACUGAACAACAAAGAACAUCUAUUAUUAAAAAAAGCAAGCCUCACUUAGCUCUCAAGCGCUUCUGAUCAACAAUACGAUGUACUUGAAAUUAAAAGGUUUCCUGUUUAUGAUGCAACUCAGUAAAUAGGAAACAUUUUUGUUAUGAAAGCUGAAGAACACGACAGCAACUUCAUUUCAUUAACACACUUAGCAUGUUGUCCUUGGGCUGAAUUUUAGAUAAAGCUAUUUGGUUAAAUUACAGUUAGAUUAAAUUAAAGUACAAAUGUAUGAAAAAAGUUCAUAUAUUCAUGUUGUACAUCAGUGUUGUACUGUAUAAAAUGGUUCGUGUAUACACUGUACGCACAAUAAAAUCCACCUAUGAAAUGACGCAGACCUCUCCACAAACGUAAAUUUAAUCGUGUCGUUACACAAAAUGCAAAAUGAGUGAGCGCGGAAUUUACGCAAAGCAAAGAUUGCAUCACAAAUGUAAUGUAGACAAUGAAAUGCAAUGUGCUGCUUUUACUUAAGUGGAAAUAACGUGUGAGGUUACAGGUGCCCAAAGCUAAAUUCUCCAUUACGCAAACCAGAAAUUGACCUUUUUUUGUCCGUCACAGUUUCCUCAUUUGAGGAUUGGAGUUUCACCUGCUCCUGUAAAUUUUAUCCAAAGAGUGCAGCAAACAUUCCGACGGCUUUUCAAGGAAAUCAGACGUAGGCAGGAGGCAUCUCUUAUCUGACCAGUUCAGUAUCAGCCAAGUGAUUGUGCUGUGUGUCCAGUUGUUCGUAUUAGUCAGUAUUAGUUUUUUUUUUUUUAGUUUCCAUGUUUGUCGCCCUGCGUGUCAAUGAUGUGUUUGUGUGAUAAAGCCGGACUGUUUGGGCCUCCUCUGCCUGUCGUGCGACUUAUCGGCAGCGAACUUCUUCAAGGGGCUGCUUUUACAAUUUCACCCAUUUGUGUUUCGAUUGUUUUAGUGUAUUUUCUCACACUACAAAGUGAUGCUGUUGUGUUAACCUUCUAAGCUUAUUUGUACCAAAUAAGUUAAAUUGAACAAAGCCUGCAUAGGAUUCUGCAUACGUGGUAAAUUUAAACGUCGUAUCGUUACAUUUGGGCGGAAUGGAUGGGAGCUAAAGCAAUACACCGUAGAUGCAAACUAAAGUAAUAAAACAUCUUUGAUUGUAGCAGCUUGAAAGUCUGGAUUUGCAUUCUGUGGGCCAGUUAUCCAGACGAGCAACAGACGUUAAGCCAUCGACCACCGGUAGUGGUCUUCCCGGCCCACCUUCUGCUUUAAUUUGAAGGAUUGCGGAGUUUAAACAAAGGUUGUCGUACACAUUUGGGUUUUAUGUUUACUUGAAACAAUGAUGCGUGUCUUUUAGGAACAAUUGAAUUAACUUUAUUAGUGAAAUGAUCCACUAAUACAGAGGAGGAUGGCCUUUGUUCCAGCAUUUCACUCUUGUCUACGUUUACGACGAGGCGCUUCCUUUGAACAUCACAAUAAAGACCUGUGACGGUGGAUCGGGUGUGAACAUUACGCAACGAUUUGACGCGUUCCUUGUUGAGAUUCUUUGCGUCUUGUUCAGAAAUUAGGUCUUUUGUUUGUAGCUUGCAGUUAACUUAAAAUCCAGACAUUUUUAAACGUAUCUUAGAACGUAUAUAUAUAUAUAUAUAUAUAAUAAUAAUAAUAAUAAUAAUCUGUUAUUUGUUAGCUAAAUAUAAUGUGAAAAGUCCAGUCUUUAAGCUUAAGUAGCUGUUUGUGGUUACAAGAUCAUCACCAGGCUUCACACUAAAAAUAAAAAACCAACAAGCGAAAACGGCAAAAGCAGGGGAGCCGGGGGUCACAAACACGCCGCGUCUUUCCGAGCCGUCAUUGCGUUCUUCUCAUUUCUUUGUCUGAUCCCAUUUACGAUUGUCCCUAACGUAAUAUAUAUUUAAUUUAGAGAAAUAAUUAGAGAAAAUGUAAUAUUGUACUCUUACUAGGAAUUUUUUGGCAAUAUGAAGGAAAUUAGGCUAUUUUUGGUAUUAUAAGAAACAUAUCCUGUUUAUUGCAUUUAAAUUAUUUUUAUGAAAUGUGGGACUUACUUGACAUGUAACACUGAAACCUGGUAAAAAAGAAAUUAAAGAAGGAGUUUUAUUUUUA